AGAGCCCCCGCCCCCGGAUCCCACACAUCAUGGUCGUCGAGUUCUACGCCCCCUGGUGUGGGCACUGCAAGAAACUUGCUCCAGAGUAUGAGAAUGCGGCCAAGGCACUUAGCAAGCAUGACCCACUGAUUAUUCUCGCUAAGGUUGAUGCUAACGAGGAGAAGAACAUGCCACAUGCUACCAAGUACGAGGUCCAAGGGUUCCCAACCAUCAAGAUCUUCAGGGACCAGGGGAAGAACAUUCAGGAAUACAAGGGCCCUAGGGAGGCUGAUGGCAUUGUGGAUUACUUGAAGAAGCAGGUUGGCCCUGCAUCCAAGGAGAUCAAGUCACCGGAAGAUGCGACUGCCCUUAUCGAUGACAAGAAGAUCUACAUUGUUGGUAUCUUCGCUCAGCGACACCGAAUUUACAAACUUCAUGGAGGUCGCAGAGAAGCUGACGUAUGACUACGACUUUGGCCACACUUUGCAUGCCAACCACCUCCCACGUGGUGAUGCAGCGGUGGAAAGGCCAUUGGUCAGGCUGCUGAAGCCAUUUGAUGAGCUUGUUGCUGACAGCAAGGUUUU